UAUGCAAUGUUAGAGGCUAUUGCUGGCCAACUUACUAGAUUAUGCUGUCUACGAAAAUCCUAUGCAAGAAGCGCAAUUUUGAGAAAAAGGAAUACUCUUGUGAUGAACAUGAUCCUCGUAUAAGCCACCAUGUUGGGUUUCCCACGAGGAUCGCGAACAGGUAUAUAGUAUAUCCACUUUACGCAGGGAUCACCCGGAAGCGAAGGCUUAAGCUUCCAUGUGCCGUGUUCUUAGCCGAUUGCUAUGCCGUUUCCCUUGUCAGCUGGUCUUCUGUUAUUGCUAUUGGCUUUUUCUCUUUCUGCUGUUCCACUUCAUCUUAUCUGGUCAUUCUGCUGGUUCAUGCAGGCGUCCGCUGCACUUCGCUUCGUUCAGGCGAUGUUUCAGCUAUCAGCUGCGCCGAACCCUAGACAGUUCCACAUCAGCAGCAUGAUCACACGCCAGAUCUCCACGCAUGAACUGUGCAUACCUGGAGGGAUAAGCACUUCUCAACCACACAUUUUGUACUUCUUCAAGACCUACAGGUCUCAGUUGGCCUGUUCACAAUCAGUAACCCUCCCCCAAAGCAGCACAUCUUGAAUAACAUAACAGGACUACAAUUAUAAUCACAUUAGCGGCAAUAAUGGCAACCAAUACCCAAGCUCGUGCUAAUG